CUACACUACUGCAUUCUGGAGAUUUAUCACCUCGAAGAUUCUCAGUCUCCGAUUCGCAACCGUCGCCGGAGACCUACCCCGCCGCCGAUUCUCCACCCCGCUGUGACCGUCUCCUUCUCGCGCUCGAUUCCUCGGCGUCGAUAAUCGUCCGCGGUGGCCGCGUGCCUUCGUCGUCUAUGGUUAGGGAUUAGGGUUUCAAUCGGCGUUGUACUAAUCAAGAUAUAGCUUUGGUUUUCAAUUUUGUUAUGCAUUUGUAGCUUCUGGAUUUUCUCCACUCCGAUUAUACUGUACUAGUGGAAAUUUGCAGUUAAUUAUUAUCGUCUUUAAUUUUGUUCUAGUUUGAUUUUGAUUCAAAGAAAAAGAAAAAAGAGAAAGAAGAAGAAUAAGAGAGUGUAAAAUAUCAUCAAUAAAAAAAAAUGUUAUUGUCCGGCCCUAUAUUGUUUGAAAAGUUUGGUUCAGAAUAUUUCAAAUUUUGUUGAAAAUUAUAAUAGUAAUGGGGAGCCCCGGAUUUAAUCACCGGAAUAAUGGCCAGCAGCGAUUAGGCAUCACCGAGCCAAUUUCGCUGGGUGGUCCUACAGAGGAGGAUGUGAUCAAAACGCGUGAGCUCGAGAAGCAUUUGCAUGAUGCUGGAUUGUAUGAGAGUCAGGAAGAGGCUGUGAGUAGGGAAGAGGUGCUUGGCCGGCUUGAUCAGAUUGUGAAGAUAUGGGUCAAGACCAUUAGUCGGGCGAAGGGUAUGAACGACGAACAUGUGCAUCAAGCAAAUGCUAAGAUUUUCACGUUCGGUUCCUAUAGGCUAGGGGUUCAUGGCCCUGGUGCAGAUAUAGACACACUCUGUGUCGGACCUACAUAUGCAACUCGAGAAGAAGAUUUCUUUGGUGAGCUAUACAGGAUGCUAUCUGAAAUGUCUGAAGUAACAGAGUUGCAUCCUGUUCCUGAUGCCCAUGUUCCCAUUAUGGGGUUCAAGUUUAAUGGAGUUUCAAUUGAUCUUCUUUAUGCAAAACUAGCUCUCUAUGUUAUUCCUGAAGACUUAGAUGUAUCACAAGAUGGAGUACUACAUGGUGCAGAUGAACAGACAGUUCGUAGUCUCAAUGGAUGUAGAGUUACAGACCGAAUUCUGCGUUUAGUCCCAAGCAUUCAGAAUUUCCGCACCACUUUAAGAUGCAUGAGGUUAUGGGCAAAGCGUCGUGGUGUUUAUUCAAAUGUUGCGGGAUUUCUUGGUGGUAUAAAUUGGGCAUUGCUUGUAGCUCGCAUAUGCCAACUUUACCCGAAUGCAUUGCCAAAUAUGCUAGUGUCUCGGUUCUUCAGGGUUUAUACCCAGUGGCGUUGGCCAAAUCCAGUAAUGCUUUGUGCUAUUGAAGAUGGGUCUCUAGGACUUCAGAUUUGGGAUCCUAGAAGAAAUCCAAGGGACAGAUAUCAUUUGAUGCCUAUAAUUACUCCAGCUUAUCCCUGCAUGAACUCUAGCUACAAUGUGUCUUCCAGCACUCUGCGUAUCAUGCUAGACGAGUUUCAAAGGGGAAAUGAAAUUUGCGAGGCUAUGGAAGGAAACAAGGCUGAUUGGGAUACCCUUUUUGAGUCUUAUGCUUUCUUCGAAGCAUAUAAGAAUUAUUUACAGAUAGACAUCAGUGCAGCAAAUGCUGGUGGCUUUAGAAAAUGGAAAGGCUGGGUUGAAUCCCGUCUCCGCCAACUAACAUUGAAGAUUGAGAGGCAAACUUAUGAAAUGCUGCAGUGUCACCCACACCCAAGUGAUUUUCCAGAUAAAUCUAAACCUUAUCAUAGCUCAUACUUCAUGGGCCUGGGACGAAAACAAGGAGUUCAAGUCAAGGAAGGUGUGCAAUUUGAUUUAAGUACAGCUGUUGAUGACUUUAAGGUUGCUGUCUGCCAGUAUGGAUUAAGAGAAGUUGGAAUGGAGAUUCGUGUAUCCCAUGUAAAACGCAAGGAAAUCCCCAAUUUUGUAUUUCCCGGAGGGGUCCGGCCUUCACGUCCAUCUAAAGUAAGUUGGAUUAGAAAGCGACCACAUUCAGAAGUGGAGGUUUCUGGCAGUACUCAGCCAGAUAGUUUUGGUGAAGAUAAAACUGUUUCAGAUGGAGCAGAUAGUGGUAAAAGGAGAAAAUUGGUGAAUGAUAAUCGAGAGACUGACUUGAGGCAUGACAAGUCUAUGCAACCCUGCAUUGGGGAAGUUGGUGAGGCUAGCACUACUUUUAGCAAUGGCAGUCCAUCCUCCGGAAAAUGUGAGAAUAAUGUAGGAGUUACCACAGGGAAGAUAGAAAACCCAGCACACACUCCUUAUCAGAAUGAUCAGGCUGAAGUAUUAUCGAGGUGCGAUCCACCAAUCAACAGUCUCUCUGUUGCUGCUGAUGCAUCAAAUUCUAAAGAAGCAGAGAAACUGGCCUUAGAGAAGAUUAUGGUUGGUCCAUAUGUUUCACAUCAAGCUUUGCCAGAAGAACUUGAUGAGCUUGAAGAUGAUUCUGAAGAAAGGCAUCAAGUCAAAGACUUUUCAGGGAAUAUGGAGCCUUCAAUUGAGAAAUCUAGCAAUGGAGCUGAAACUUCCUCUAGUUCAUAUCAUGGAGGCUUAGAAGAACUUGAGCCUGCUGAACUUAUGGCGCCAUCCAUGAGUGGAACCCCUGAACCUUUGGCACAGAAGAAGCCAAUCAUCAGGCUGAAUUUCACUUCCUUGCCCAAUGCUUCUGGAAAGAGCUCAUAAAGAGUUGUUGAAUGCUCAGCGUUUAUAUGUACUAUAAGAAAAUGUUUAUAUUUCACUCUUUGUACGAAUGGUCAUGAAGUUAAUAAAUUUUGAAUAGCAAGUCGCUUUCUUUUUGUACGUGAGAAUUAAUA